UAUAGGUAUUUUAUUUAAUAUUUAUUUACAAACCGGCUUAGUUCAUUCGUCUUAAAUUGUCAUUGAAAUUGUUUUGUUGAUUUUUUUACGUAUGAUUUAAAUUUGAAGUUUUUAAAAUUAUUUAGUUUUUUAAUCACGCAAAUAUGAAUUUAAUGCGUGGAUUGAUCAUAUUUUCUGGGUUCUUAUUGAGUUCCAUACUUGCUGAAAGUGUUGUUGAUCUGUCCGAUUCUGAUUUUGAUUCAUCAGUUGCCGAAUAUGAUUCAGCUUUAAUCAUGUUUUAUGCACCAUGGUAUGAAUUAAACUUGAGCGUAAUAUUUAACACAGAAGAUUAUAUUUUUUUGGUUUUGUUUUAGGUGUGGCCAUUGUAAAAAACUAAAACCUGAAUUUGAAAAGGCUGCUAAAAGUCUGCUGAAGGAAGAUCCACCUGUAGUUUUGGCAAAAGUAAUUGUUUUAUUUAUACUUGGUAUCUAAUAAUAGUUUAAAAAUUACAAUAUUAUAGGAAAUAAUCAAAAUCUAUCUUUAUUAUUUGUAUUAAGUACCCGAUUAAGCUAUUCAAUUUUUUUUUUUUAUAAACAUAGUAUUAAUAUUGGUAUUAAUAUAGUAUUAAUAUUGGUAUUAAUAUAGUAUUAAUACCAGUUGAAGUCUGGAUCUUGGGGUAAAAAUAAGAUGUUUAAAAACUCCAAUUUUAUAUUUUUUGUGCACCCCUUCCGAAUAAUGUUCUGCAAUCAAAUUGCCAGUCAUUCAUAAAUGCUCUCUGGCUCUGAGUCAAAACUGAACUUUUAAAUAUUGAAAAAUUCUCCAAGUUAUAUAUUCGUUUCCAAUACAAAAAUUAGUAUUAGUCUACAUUAGAGGACACUAUCCUCCUUGAAGUAGUAUCAGGUUGAACAUUUAGGUUAGAUAUUCCUUAAGUUUUACUAUGACCUAGAAUCAUCUUCUUUGUUUAGCCAACAUCACAAAAUUAUACAUUUGUGUAUAUUUUUCUGUAAAUUCGCUUGUCACAUUUUUUAAUUACAACUUUUCUAUUUAUUAGUAAUUUAAUAAUUGUUAUUUUUGUGACUGCUAUAAGUAUCUAAUAUUAUGUAUGAAUCUCAUUUAGUUUAUCUGUUACUAGCUUCUGAUAAACAAGUAGAGUUGCCACUAAAAUAAGAAAAUUUUAAUCUAUGUUUUUACUUAAUUGUUUCUUGGAAGCUUUGUUAAACAUAUGAUUAAUGUUAAAAUAUAGAUAGGCCUGACAACAUCGUAGUUUUUGUGUUUAUCAACCAUCAUGUAUUAUUGUUGAAAAGUAACUAAAUUUGUGUACCUGCUUUUUAGUUAAAUUUCCUAUGAUUAUUUAAUCAAAAAAUGUUACAAAUAAAUUUUAAUUUGUACUGAGUAUUAUAUUAAAUAAUUUACUCAAAUAUUUGUUGUGAUUUUUGUAAAAAUAAUAAUUAUACAUUAGAAUAUGUAAUGCAAAUGUUUAAAUUCUGUUUUCUAAUUAUUAAGGUUAUUAUUUUGGAAUAUGUAUCUAUUAUUCAUUCAUACAAUUUUAAUGCUUUAUAAAAUGUGAUUCGAAUACAUAUCUGCACAAUUAUUUUAAAUAAUUCAUAUACUAAAAAUUAUAAUUUUCUUAUUUAUUCAGGUUUAAUUUUUCCUUAAUUGUUCUUUGUAAGUAUAUUCAUUGUGUUUUCUUAUUCAAUUAAAAUAGAAUAUCCUGUUAUUCUGAUAUAACCAAUUGAUUCUUUCAAAUAUUAACUUUCUCAGUGUGUUUUGUUUAAUGACACAUAAUAUUCUUUGUCUUAAUUAAUAUUGGUUUUUUACAGGUAGACUGUACUGAAGCAGGCAAAGAUACAUGUAAUAAAUUUGGCGUUUCUGGAUAUCCAACUCUAAAAAUAUUUAGAAAUGGUGAAGUUUCUAAAGAAUAUAAUGGACCUCGUGAUUCUGGUAUAUAUUAAUAAUUUAUUCAUACUUAAUAUUUUUAUUUUUUUUUUUUAAAUAUAGCUAUAUAAUAAAUAAUAACUGUAUAUAUUAUAAUUUAGCUGGUAUUGUAAAAUACAUGAAAUCACAAGUAGGACCAAGUUCAAAAGAUUUAUCUUCAGAAGAAGUUUUUAAUAACUUUAUAUCCAAGGAUGAAGUAGUAGUUGUUGGUUUCUUUGAAACUGAAACUGAUCUUAAAGGAAAAUUUAUUCAAAUUGCUAACAAAUUGCGCGAAAAAGUUAACUUUGGUCAUACAACUUCCAAGUCAGUAAUUGACAAAUACAACUACAAGUACGUAUUUUAAACAAAAUAAAAAUUAUUGUACAGUAAAACUUCCAUUAAUGGUUAUUUUUUUGGUCCUGCCAAGUACUAUGCCUCUAGGACACUUCUGAAUAGCGGUAAUUAUUUCCAGUUCCUUUGGUGACUAUUAUAUGAAAGUUUUACUAAAUCUAUUUAUAUAUAAAAAAACCUGAAAGUUGAAAAACUCUACACUUAAGUCAAAUUCUCUCCUCCCCUUCUACUUAUUUUGCAUUAUAGAAAUUCUUUGCAAUAAAUAAAAGAAUAGGUACUAUAUUAUACUACAAUUAUAACAUUUCUAAAAAAUGUGAAAUUUGACAACAAAAAUGGUAGUGAUAGAUUGUUUUUUAGCUUCUAGUCAGUGACUGACAGCUCGACAUUUAUUUAGAAAAACAAAAUUAAGUCUAAGACAAAGAAAAAAAACGCACAAAUAUUAAAUCACAAAACCAGCUUCCAAUACUAAAUUAAUUAAUUUAAUUAUGAACUAUUCGGAUUUAAUGUUUAGUAUAGAAAAGAGGUUGGGGAGAAUGGUAUGAAAUUUAAAAAAACUGCAAAAUUAAGCACUUGGAACAUAAGGAGGGACAGUUGAAGAGUAGACGAAAGAGGUCACAGAUGCUUUCAGUUGAUUAUAGGGUGUAGAUGAUGGGUCAUGUAAGCCCAGUUUAUAGGCAUAUGAUCAGGAAAGAGCGAAUAACCCACACAAAGUCUGUUAAAAUGGAAAAUCGUAGAGCUGGUUAAAUUUAGAUUGUAAAUGAAGUUUUUAUAGUGGGGAUAUUGGGAACAAUAUUAGCUGGCUAGCUGAUGAGUUAUUCCAGUAGUUGGACAAAAGAUUUCUUAUGUGGGUUAUAUAUAGGGUUGGGGUAAAAUCAGUCCAUGGAAAUUGAGCAAAGAAGGGUUAAAUAGAAUUUGAAGUAGAUUUGGCUAACCUCUUAGCCACUUCGUUGCCUGGCUUGGGACCAACAUAAAUUGGAUUAAGUAAUUUAAUUGCAUCAGGUAAUUUAAAAAUAACUUGAGGGAACCCAUUUUUGUUUUCAUAAUUAAAUUCUAGUAGUUAAAAUUUUCUUUUUUUAUUAUUAUAUACUUUUUAUAACUUUUUAUAACUAUGUUGUAUUUUGUGUUUAGGAACAAUGUUGUGCUCUACAGACCUAAAUAUUUAAGUAACAAAUUUGAACCAGACUUUGUUGUUUUUGAUGGAGAAGAGUCAUUAUCAGCUUUAGAUAGUUUUAUUACAUCUAAUUAGUGAGUAUGAACAAUACAUUGAACACUUUUAUUUGUAUUUUUAGUGUAUUUAAUUCUACAAAAAUGUUGAAUCUAAUUUUUUGAAUCAUUCUGUAGUCACGGUUUAGUAGGCUACCGCCAAAAAGAAAAUAUGGAAGCUUUCAAACCUCCAUAUGUUGGAGUUUAUUAUAAUGUUGACUACGUUAAGAAUCCAAAAGGAACAAACUACUGGCGAAAUAGAGUAUUAAAAGUUGCAAAGUCAGUAGUAGGUUUAACAUUAGCUAUAAACAACAAAGACGAUUUCCAACAUGAAGUUAGUGAAUAUGGAUUAGAAUUUGUACCAGAUGAUAAACCUAUAGUUUUGGCUCGUUCGCUUGACAACAAGAAGUAUAUAAUGAAGGAUGAAUUCUCGUAAGAUUUUGGUUUUAAAUGUUAUAUUAGUUUUAAAAUUUUAAUUCAGUUGUAUUUUCAAUGUAUACAUUUUAUUUGUAGAGUUGAAAAUCUUGAAUUAUUUAUACAUGAUUUCCAAAAUGGUGAUAUAGAACCAUAUAUUAAAUCAGAAGCUAUUCCGAAAGACAAUUCUAGUCCAGUGAAGGUGGCUGUUGCUAAAAACUUCGAUGAUAUUGUUAUUAAUAAUGGAGUUGAUACAUUAGUGGAGUUCUAUGCCCCAUGGUGUGGUCAUUGUAAAAACUUAGCUCCAAUCUAUGAACAAGUAGCUGAAAAGGUAAUAAAAUUAAUAUCAAACCAAAUCAACAACUGUAUACACUAUACAGUAGUAUGUUUGUUGCAUAAUUGUGUUAUUCAUAUUUAGGCUCAUGAGUUAUCUGUGUAUAGUAUGUACUUAAUAUUUUAUUAAAGUACAAGUAGUCUAACCAAUGACAAUAAGAUGGAUAGUAGUUCAUCUAUUAGGACAAAUUAAUCUAUAUAGAUUUAUAACUAAUGAAGCUAAUAUGCUUUUAGGAUUUUAUUUGUUUAUAAAUUAGGUUUAAAGUUGUUUUUAAAUUGAUUUUAGUUACAAGAUGAAGCUGUGUCAUUGGUCAAAAUGGAUGCAACUGCUAAUGAUGUUCCUUCUAUAUUUGAUGUUCGUGGUUUCCCAACUUUGUACUGGUUGCCUAAGGAUGGUAAAACUAAGCCUAUCCGAUAUGAGGUAUAAAAUAUCAAUUGUUUUUUAUGAAUAUGAAUUUUAAUUUUGUAUAAUCCUAUAGGGAGGCCGUGACUUGAAUGACUUCGUCAAUUAUAUAGCAUCCAAAGCAACAGAUGAACUCAAAGGUUUUGAUCGAUCUGGAAAACCUAAGGAGGGAAAAGAUGAACUGUAAAUUAAUGGUUCAAAAUUAAACACAAGGCUGAUUUAAUUUAAUUUGAAUUGGACUACUCUUUUUUUUUUUUUUAUUAAUACCGAGUAGGAUGAAUGAUUUUUUUUAAAAUCCAUCCAAGUUCAAUGGGAAAUAAACUACUUUAUUUAUUCUUAAAUAGAUUAUUGGGAAUAUACAUUUUAUAGAGUUAAAUUAAUGCUCCAUUUUCCUAUUCAUAUCUUAAUACAACAAGUUAUUGUAUUUAAACAUCAUUAUUCUGUCACAAAAAUUAAAUUUUAAUAAAUAUGUUGUGAUUUUCUAUUUUGUUUGAUAAUAUUUAAUUUCUCACCUUUCACUAUCUCUAAGUUUUUAUCUCAUAUUAUUUUAUUUUGUUGUGUUAGUAUAUAGGAGUACUAUCUCUGUGUAACAGGUAGCCGGUAAAAUUAUAUUUUAAAAUAGUAUGACAAAAAUUAAAUGUUAAAAUACUAAAAAAUUGGUUAAAUUAUAUUUUUAAUAAUAUAAAGUUUUUAUUAUGGAUACAGAAAGAUUGUUAAACUUGAAAACUUUAAUGAAAAAAUAAAAUUAAUGAAUGUAUAAAAAUCACUUAUUUGUAAAAACUAAAUAAUAAAUAUUAUUUAAUUCAUGUAAUAUUUUAUUGUACAAGAUAUUUUUGAUUCUGAAAGAAACCGAAUGUUUUGGUUUUACCAUGUGUGCUUUUAGAUUCUGGGUGGAGCGAGUAAUACAUUGGUUACAAUAAUAGCACUUUUUCUAAAAGGAAAUCUGACUGAGAUGGUACUUUAGGGAGGUAAUUUUAUGAUUUUCCCAGCUGUUUUCAUAAUGAAUUGGUAAAAACAGGAAUAUACUAAUGACUAAUCGCUGCACACAAAUAUACAUUAAAUUUCUCCUCUACUACUUUUCCAACUUCUCCCCUACAACAGUGGCUCAGCCACAUACGAAGUAAUGGUCUUUUUUCUUUUCUGUCUAGAAAAACCUGCCUACACGAAAUUUCACCUCAAACAUAAAAAAAUAAAGAAAUAUAUUUUCUUGAAUUUUAGAUCUAGUUGGUGGAUUAAGGAG